CUUAAUUCGGCCCUGAAUUUGCCUCAUUGGUCUGUCAUAUCUGAAGAAUCUAAUCAGAAAUUAUUUUCAUUUCCCCAGUGGCAAUCGAAACAUAUAUAAAAUUGUUAAUUUUAUUUAAUUUAAUCAAUAUAGCACUACAUUCAUGACCUCCAAAGAAUGAAGCUAAGAAGAACAAUAGUAUAAUAGAUAAGAGUAAACGCUGCAGUGUGAGUGAACUUAAGAAUUUGUGAUUCUCACUCUCGAUAUGUUUAUGUAACAUCUUAUGGUAACAAUGCCUUUUAUUUGGAGUUUCGGAAAAAAGAAAAGAGCAAGAAAGUUUCGUUCUGGUGCAUAAACAAAAUGAAGUAUGCAGCAGGAAGCUGACAGUAAAACUCUGUUUUUUCUGUCAACAUAAUUGUAAACAUAUGGCGUCGGCCACCCUUGGAAAUCAAAACAAUGUUACUGACAAAUGUGUAAUAAAAGAUGGCAAAAUUACGGAGGAUGAAAUUGAUUUACCCAAAGACUUUGAACCUGGAGCUUCCGCCGCUACAGUGCUUUUAUCAACCGGUUCCUUUGAAGAAGAAAGUGUAUCGGAUGAAAAUUUUCAGGACUAUCGUCAACGGAAAAGUAGUUGUAUAAGUGAAAUAGAAAAGCGUGUAUCAGAUGUGGACCUGAAUGAUUCUGUGGACGAUGAAGUACCGACUGAUGAACGAGGGAAAAAGAAAGAUGAAGUGGAAACAAAAAGUGAAGCAUCUUUGUCAUUAACAGAAGAGUUAGAUGAAGAAGAAUGUGAUGAAUUAAAUGAUCCUUCUUGGAGAUUUCAAAAGAAUCACAUUUUUAUUCUUAGUGAAGCUGGAAAACCUAUUUAUUCCAGACAUGGGAGUGAAGAUCAUCUUGCAACUUUAAUGGGUGUUAUUCAAGCUCUUGUUUCUUUUGUUCAAAACAGUGGAGACAUGAUUCGAUCAAUACACGCAGGUGAUCGAAAGUUUGUCUUUCUGCAUCGUAUGCCUUUGAUUCUUGUUGCAGUCUCAAGUUCAAAGGCUUCUGUCCCCCAACUCUUAGGCAAUCUAACUUAUGUAUACAAUCAAAUUGUGUCUGUCCUGACUAUGUCCAAUUUAAAUAAAAUAUUUGAAAAAAGAAGCAAUUUUGAUCUCAGAAGACUCUUAGGUGGUGCAGAAAAAUUCCUAGAUAGACUAGGAGAUAUGUUGGACACAGAUCCUAGUUUCUUGUUAAGUGCUGUUAAUUGUCUGUCUCUAGAUAUUUCCAUAAGAGAAGUUAUUGGACAAACAUUAGCCCAGUAUUGUGGAAAAAUCAAGAGUAUUGUUUUUGCUAUUUUACUGGUUGAAAACCAGCUUGUUACUUUGGUGAGAAUGAAGAAGUAUUAUCUUCAUCCUGCCGACCUUCACAUAUUGAUGAAUCUUGUUAGUUCUUCUGAAAGUUUUAAAUCAGUGGAAACCUGGUUACCAAUUUGUCUUCCAAAAUUUGAUUCCAGUGGUUUCCUCCAUGGUCACAUAUCAUAUUUGGAUGAUGCUGACAAAGCAUGUUUAUUGUUACUGUCUGUUGAUAAGGAUAAAUUCUUUGAGUUAAAAGAAUGCAGAAAUAAAAUUGUUGAAAGAUUAAAGAAAUACCACUGUUUAGAAGCAAUAUAUAAAUCUAUAAAUAGUAAAGGGUAUUCUAUUUCACAAGUUGGCAUCACAGAAGUUCGACAUUUUUUGUAUAAAUCCCGUUCAGCUGCUCAAUUUACCAUGCCUAGUAUGGAAGCUCCUUAUGUUACCUCUGAUGACUGGCAACAUCUUUUUGGACUUUAUCAGUACUUGCAUCAUAGAAUGUGCAAGAGUUCACGACCCUUAAAAAUGCUCUAUUACAGUGGAGAGCGAGAAACUAUGGUUGGAUGGCAUAUGCAAGGUUUUGAGCUUUAUGCUGCAUUCGAACCAUUGGUCACAAAAACAGAUGCUACAAAUGCGAUGAAAAAAAUCGUCCAUUGGAUAAAAAAGGAAGAAGAUAAAUUAUUUAUAAUGAAUGCACCUACAAUUUAAUAAAAAAAUCCUUACUGUG